GUUUUAAAUUGAAAUUGGCACCUGUUUUUUUAUGUUUUGGGGUCUUUAUAAAUAUAUAUUAUGAAUCUGACAUUUUCGAAAACAAACCAGAAGUCGCUAAAGUUGCUCCGCUCGUUUGUUAUUAGGUUGCCUUUCCUUUCCUUUCCUUUCAUCCAUCAUUCGUUAAUUCACCUUCCUCAAGUUUCAAGUUUCAACCUCCGACCUCCUCUAUCCAACCAAACACACACCCUUUGAUUCAAAGAUAUGGGUUCUUCUUCUUUACCGGCUAACAAUAAGUUCGUACCCAAUGAACAAGACGUUCUGCAGAGACAUGUAGCCUUCUUUGACAGGAACCAUGAUGGCAUUGUUUAUCCAUGGGAGACUUUUCAAGGUUUUCGUGCAAUUGGCUGUGGCAUUCUGUUGUCCACAGUAAGUUCUUUUCUCAUCAAUGCGGCCCUCAGUCAGAAGACGCGCGAGGGAAAGUUCCCUUCUCCGCUUCUUCCCAUUGAAGUCAAAAACAUCCAUAAAGCCAAACACGGGAGCGACUCCGGUGUCUAUGAUUCUCACGGAAGGUUUGUUCCUUCAAAGUUUGAAGACAUCUUCUGCAAGCAUGCUCAUACGCAUCCCGAUGCUUUGACAUCAGAUGAACUGAUGGGCAUGCUCAAGGCCAAUAGGGAGCCAAAGGAUUAUGCAGGAUGGGUUGCCAGCUGGACAGAAUGGAAGAUCCUCUAUGUUCUUUGCAAGGACAGCCGUGGUUUGUUGCACAAAGAUACAAUUAGAGCUGUUUAUGAUGGAAGCCUAUUCGAGCGCAUGGAGAGGGAGAGAAUCGAAAAAUCAGCAUCUAAAAAGAACGAUGUUGUCUGAAAGAAAAAAAGGGCCAAUUGUAGGAUGGCGUGGUCCAAUUGGCCCUGCCCCUGCUGGGUGGAUGAUCUGAAUAUACCAACAAGACUGUAUAUUUUUAUUGUGUUUACUGUUCGUAUCGUUUAGAGAUUGUGGAAGAAGUGCUUGUUAGGUUAUGUGUGUAUAGUUUGAUUUUUCAUAGUCACAAGCAGCCCUGUAUUGGCUUCAGUUUCUUCGGGUGUUGUUCAAGUUUCCGAUGUGGGAUAUGAUAAUAUUGUAUUUGAUAUAGUGAAUAUGAAUAAUUUGAUAUGUUCGUAAA